GAAGACUAAUAAUUAUAAAAUGUUAUUUAAGGACUAGUAGUACCAAUAUUAAGACUUUUUUUUAAGUCUGUUAUGUUAAUCUUUUUGUUUUCCCUGGUUUGGUCAAUAAAAUAGAUCUCUCUCAUUCAAUGUCUCUCACAAAGAAUUUUAUUAAUUUUAAAAUUAAGUGAUUUUAGUUGUGAAGACUACGUGCAGUCCUUGCUGGGUCUGCCUUUUGAGUUUUUUAAAAAUAUAUAAAUGGGAUCAAUGUUCUCUGUGAAGCUCUCCCUCAAAAAUCACAACUUUGCUAGAUUUUGGAUUUUCACUUUCUACUCUGUAAUUGAGACUUACUCUGGCGAUCAUCAUGAUCAAAAGAUUUGAAGCCUGAUUGAUUCUUGAUCUUAUGUUUCUGCAAAGAGUUGGCUACUAGACAAACGUCUGCAGUAAAAUUACAGAUGGGUUCACGGAGUUUCACUAGAGCUUUGGCAUUAGCCUUUAAUGAGUGGCUACUGAUGUUCAUGCUCUUCGUUAACUCCAUAUUCUCUUACGUGAUCGCGAGGUUUGCAGAUUACUCUGAGCUUCAAUCUCCAUGUCUGAUGUGCUCAAAUCUUGAUCAUAUUCUCAGGAGGACAAAAGAUUUGAAGAAAACUCAUUGGGAUAUUAUUUGCUCUAAACACAAAUCAGAGAUCUCUUCAUUGGUUUACUGUCAUGCUCACGGCAAGCUUGUUGAUGUCCGUGGAAUGUGUGAGACUUGUCUUUUCUCGUUUGCUACAACCAAUAAGUCCAAUGCUGAAACUUACAGAUUGUUGGUUGGUAAACUGGGUGAAGAUUCUCACUUCGGAUCCAAGAGUGAUCGAAGCAAAUAUCCAAAUUGCUCUAAGCUUACAGAUUGUACAUGUUGUAAUCAGUUGUGGACGCCUCAAACCGCUGCUACUCAGGUGGCUGAACGGGAAAUUCUACCCAAGAUUGGUUUGCUUGGUAAAAUAAGAACCGGGAAGCAGUCUGCGCCCAAGAAAAGUGUCAGCUUCAAUCAUUUGCCUGAUGUUGGGUACACUGAGCUAAAGAUUCAUUCAGAUACUGAAUCAGAGGCUGUGUUUUCAGAUACUGAACCAAAGCAAGAAUCUUCACUUAACCAUUUGCCACCUGUUGGGUACAAUGAGCCCAAGAUUGGUUUGGUUGGUGAUGUGAGAACCGGGAAACCAUCUACACCCAAGAAGAGUGUCAGCUUUAAUCAUUUGCCUGAUGUUGGGUACACUGAGCUCAAGAUUCAUUCAGAUACUGAAUCAGAAGCUGUAUUCUCAGAAGAUGAAUGUGUCGUCCUUAAAGAUGAGGAUCAUAAGUAUCAAAUAGUGGAUCUUCAGACUCAUCCGAUUAUCACCUUGCCUUAUGAUUUGGCUACCGACAAGCUGCUAAACUUUGAUUUCCCUUUGGAGCCCUUCGUGACUCGAAAUGACCGAGAGGAAGUUCAGUUGCAAGAGACCAAUUGGAGGACUUAUUCCUCAUUUCCUGUGCUUAUUCCAGUUAAUGAUGUGCCUGAAACAUCAGAGAAGGUGUUCAAGGAGGAAGAGAUCAAUUCAUUAGAUAAUCUUUUCUUAACAUCACGCGCCAUGAAACAUUUUGCAGCUGCAAAGGUGAAAGAAGAGCCGAUUCGCCUCCAAGAUAUUUCCUCAACACCAGAUGUUAAGGAAAAUCCUGCAAAUGCCUCCUUGAUGGAGGAGACUGAGCUUAUUUGUCUCAGUGAUGUUACUGCAACAUCAGGCGCCAUGGAACAUUCUGAAGUUAUUCUAAAGGAAAGAGAAGAACUGAUUCACCUCCAAGAUAUUUCUGUAACACCAGAUUUUAAGGAAAAUCCUGCAAAUGCCUCCUUAUUGGAGGAGACUGAGCUUAUCUGUCUCAAUGAUGUUACUUCACCAUUACGCGCCGUGGAACAUUCUGCAGUUCUUUUAAAGGAUAAAGUAGAGCCGAUUCGCCUCCAAGAUGGUGGUUCUUUAACACCAGAUUUUAUGGAAAAUUCUGCAAAUGCCUCCAUAUUGGAAGAGACUGAGCUUAUUUGCGUCAAUGAUGUUACUUCAACAUCACGCACCAUGGGACAUUCUUCAGUUGUUUUAAAGGAGAAUGAAGAGCCGAUUCGCUUCCAAGAUAGUUCUUUAACACCAGAUUUUAAGGAAAAUCCUGCAAGUACCUUCUUAGUGGAGGAGACUGAGCUUAUCUGCCUCAAUGAUGUUACUUCACCAUCACGCGCCAUGGAACAUUCCACAGUUUUUAUAGAGGAGAAAGAAGAGCUGGUUCGCCACCAAAAUAUUACAUUAACACAGGAUUUUAUGGAAAAUCCGGCAAAUUCCUCCUUAAGGGAAGAAACUGAGCUUAUUUGCCUCAAUGAUGUUACUUCAACAUCAGAGGUUGCUGAAACUCCUGAAGAUGUCUUAGAGGGAAUUGAACUUAUGUCAAUCCAUGAUAUAUCUCUAGACGAGGUUUCUGAAUCAGUCACUACAAAUCAAACCUCUGUUGAGAUUUCAAAGGAGAGGGACACUGACCAAGCUGAUAUUACCUCUCUGGAAUCUGAAUAUAUAGUUGUACCAUCUCCAAAUUCCAUGCCUGAAAAUUCAACCGAUAAUUGUGUAUCAGAUAAAAAGGAAAUGAAAGAGACAUCUCUUAGGAUCUCUUCAUUGUCUGAAAUGGCUCCACGGGACGUCACUUCUCACACAGAAGCAGCUCUUGAGUCAGAAUCUUCUUCCUUCAACUCAAUGUCAGUGGCAGCAGAAACAAACCAAUAUUCAGGUGAAUUACUGGAUCUUGCAGAUGCAUACAAUAUCGUUGUAGGAAACGAAGGUCACUAUGAUAGUAAUGGAAGACAACAAAUAGAGAAUUGGAUGAAGAAAGAUACGUCUAGAGUUAGCGAAGACCUUAAAGCACUUCUUACUCAAAUAUCAGCUUCUCGUGGGAUAGAGUUUUUGUCACCUAGAGAUGUAAGCCCCAAGAUUUCUGUUAACAGUAGCGAUCAAGAGACAAAGAACCUAGAUCAUGAUAUGCAGCUGCUACUUCAAAAGAGAAUGCUUGAAAGGAACGAGAGUAACUUAUCGUUGGAAGGAGUUUCUGUGACUGAAAUCGAGGGUGAAAGUGAGGGUGAUCGGUUGAAAAGACAGGUUGAUUAUGAUAGGAAACUGCUGACUGGUUUAUAUAAAGAAUUGGAGGAAGAAAGAAGCGCUUCAGCGGUUGCUACAAAUCAAGCAAUGGCUAUGAUAACGAGGUUGCAGGAAGAGAAGGCGUCAUUCCAAAUGGAGGCUUUGCAGAACCUGAGGAUGAUGGAGGAGCAAGCAGAGUACGAUAUGGAAGCAAUACAGAGACUGAAUGAUUUACUUGUUGAGAGAGAAAAACUAAUACAAGAUUUAGAAGCUGAGAUUGAAUACUUCCGGGACCAGACCCCUCAGAAGAAGAAUAAGCUAGAUGUUGCAGAAAAAGUGACCGAGAUGGAUUCCCCUAGUGAGGGAAUGAGCAACAAGAUACAGAGUUGUUUAGUUGGGUUCGACGAAGAGAGAUUAUACAUCACCAGUUGUCUGGAGAAGAUUGAAAACAGAGUAAAUGGCAAGGCUCAUGACGAUAAUCUACCAGCACAAGAAUCUGUUUCUGAGCUACAUGAGAGAGUAGAAAGGCUGAAGGGAGACUUAUACUUCCUAGAACAAGUUAUGAAUUCUCUUGGCCAUGGAAAUGAAGGCGUGCAAUUUGUAAAGGAAAUAGCUUCUCAUUUGCAAACUCUGCGGAGUCUCAGCAUGAAAAGACAAGAUCAGACUGAGUGUUGAUGUCCUGAGUAACAAUCUUCACAAAGGUAUGUUCUUUCCUCUUCCCUGAUUGUUGUGUUGAUUUUGUUCUUCAGAUAACUUCACCUGCGGAAAUUAUAGCUCUUUGUACAAACAUCUUAUUAUUCAUAUGUCGUUCUGGUUUUUUAAUAUGUUAGACACCUUUGUGGAGAGGAUAUUGUAGAGGAAACUAAAAGAAGUUCAAGAUUCAAGAAGCUUAAAGAAACUGUAUAGCAUCGUCUUCAUUGCCUUCCCCUUUCGUAUACGAUAAUCUCAGAAUUCUUUACGAUUUCAUUUUUGGGUUUGGUGUUCAUAAUUUCCUUAUGGGUUUUCAUAUUCUUUGUGUUUAUUUUGCAUUUUUCUUCUAGUUUUGAGUGAAGAGUGAAUGUAGGUUUUGUUCUGAAGUUCUCAUUUGAUUUUUUUUAUUAGGUUGGUUGAUACUUUUGUUUAGCAUGUCAAAAGUCAUGCAACUUUGUUAAACUUGUUGUACAUUUCUUCGUUAUAAACUACUUAUACGUAAUGUCCUUUGUUAAACUCAUAUUUCUUUGUUGGUGUUAGGACCUCGAAUUUGGAAAAUAACAAGAAGGUUGAUACGCAUAAUACAAACUUACAAAAGACAAUUAAAAGAGGAAGAGAAGCCAAAACCUAAUAUCUAAAAUAUUUUCUUACUGUUAAAGUAGUGAUAUCUAAAAAAUUAAAAACUGUCUUUGGCGAAAAAAAAAAGGGUUCAAGAAUAAUAACAUGUAAGACCACCAUGCAUCAU